CGCACCCGGAACAAAAUUGAUGAUGGAAUUGUCUGUUUCCGGUACAGUUGUCAACAUUGAGGACCACGCGUGAUUACGGUGAAAAUGCCGAAGACUCAGAAAGGAAAAGCAGAGAAGGUUGUUCACCCGUACAGCAGGAAAGCUGCUUACCUGGCCCGGGAAGAAAUCAGACUGAAAAAGAAAGAAAGGCAAAAGAAUGACAAAGCAGUACGUCUGAACAACAUCGGUGAGAAGCUUUUGUGGUUUCAAGGACAGCUGGAUCCAGAAAAGACUGCAUACACCAGAAAAGAUGCCUGUGACAUCAUUGAAAGGUACCUCCAAAGGUUUGACUCUGAACUCGAACAGAUUGAACUGAUGAACGGGAUCAAAGGUCGGCAGGGUCGUCUCCACGGCGCCAGAGAAGCUGUCAUCAAACAGACCAUGGAGCGAGAGCGUGCACUAUAUGAGAGUGGAGGAUUCGAGAUUCCAGACAUCAUCAAUGAAAAACAUCUGAAGACAUUCAGAGAGUGGACUGGUGAUUUGAAGAAACUUCCAAAUAUCAAACUGCGAAAGAUUUCUAACAAAGAUUUGUCCACAAAGACAGAAGAGGAGGAGAAACAGGACAUUGACAUUGAUAGGGAUGAUGAAGAUGACCUGGAUGAAGAGGAGCUGGAUGAAAAUAUCUUGAUGUCAGACUCAAACUGAGGAUGACUGUGUGUGUUAUCCUGAGACCAGUCUUCAGCAGAGACUUUUUCUACAGUGUUUGCGUGACACUAGCUGCUACUCCAUGGCUCUCCUGCAGGUGGCGCCAGACUGUCAGAGAUGGAAAACUAAGUUAAUUCUUGACACUCAGUAAUUUCACACCAGCCUGUGGGGAGGAGUCUACAUUCAUUGUUUAUUGCACAACAAAUAUGCAUUGUAUGUUACCUGAAUCCAUUUUAUCCAGUCAGAGAUAGAAAAAAGGUUUUGACAAAGAUAUUAGAGUGCUCUUGUGUUUGGUGAAUACAAGACCUAGAGAAAAUGUAUAUAAUGUGAUGUGAAUUUGGUCCAAAAAGUUUAACUCUGUAGAAAAGCAGUAAACAACAGUCGUCUCUGCGUAGGCAGACUGUUCAGUCAUUAACACAGAGUAUCAAGUCUAAUUAGCAGAUGGCAACCAUGAACGCUUUAAUUACAUCAGUUUAUGAGUAACAGGACCUAGCAGACAAGACCACAUCAUGCUGAAAACUGUCAAAACAAAACCUCAGGAACAUCUGGGCUACGUGAGAAUUAUUAUUAUUGUAAGAAAUAUUCAACAUUUUUGUGACAAUAAAUAAAUUCGUGACAAUAAAUAAAUUCAGCUUUUCAAAACAUAAAACUGUCCAUUUCAGACUGAGCUAAAGAUACUGUUUGAAUAAAUGAUUCUCUAUUU